UCUUUGUUUGAAGUCCCCCUCUUCUCCUGACACCACUGGCCGACCGACCGCGACCGACACACACUUCGUAAAAGCCGGACAGCGUUAAGUUAGGCGGGCCGUAACAAAGUUGAAAUGACAGUCAUCGGACGACAGCGUAAUAACGACAAGUCUGAGCGAUAUAAUGGAACCGCAAGCCAGAUUACUAUCCGCGAUUCUUUUUCACAAGCACAGGCAGGUAGAAGUUGCUCUAAACCGCAGUGUCUUGGCGUGGAAGGAAAUUGAGAGGAGCAGAAAACGAGCCCCUGGCAUCAGUAACAGUGCUGAAACAGCACACAGCCAUGCUGUUCAGGUGUGUGAAAUAGUGGCUGUCCACAAGACCAAAGAUGAUGACCAAGACAGCAAAGAGACCAGGAAGAGUCAGAAAAAAGCAAAGCAGCACUCCCAGCUGUAUCCCCAUGCAUUCACAGUUUCCUACAUUAGAAGAACAAGGCAGCACCAGUGGCGGUGUGGUGAUGUAACUUUCCACUCUGCCAAUCAGGGACUCUGCGAGCAGUGGAUCCAUGUUAUCAAUGAGCAACUGUCAUUACUCACCAACCGACCAAAGAGCCUUCUGGUGUACAUCAAUCCCUACGGAGGAAAGCGGCGCGGGAGGCGUAUUUACGAGCAGAAGGUGGCUCCACUGUUUCGCCGUGCCUGCAUCUUAGCAGACGUGAUUGUUACAGAGCGAGCCAAUCAUGCCAGGGACCACUUGAAGACGGAGGCCAAUCUAGAUAAAUAUGACGGGGUGGUGUGUGUGGGUGGAGAUGGGAUGUUCAGUGAGAUCCUGCAUGGGUUAGUCACCAGGACCCAAACAGACAAUAGAGUGGACCAGAACCAACCAGAUGCUGAGUUGGUGCCGUGUUCUCUACAAAUAGGGAUCAUUCCUGCCGGGUCCACUGAUUGUAUCUGCUUUGCCACAGUGGGAACCAACGAUCCAGUUACUUCUGCUUUACACAUCAUUGUGGGUGAUUCCCAGCCGAUGGACGUGUGUUCAGUUCACCACAAUGACCUCUUUCUUAGAUACUCCGUCUCAUUGCUUGGCUACGGUUUCUAUGGUGAUAUACUGACAGACAGCGAGAGGAAGAGAUGGCUGGGUCCUGCUAGAUAUGACCUGUCAGGGGUAAAAACCUUUCUGAGUCACAACUAUUACGAAGGCAGCAUCUCUUUCCUCCCCGCUGAGAACAACAAGGGGGACCCCAGGGAUAAGCUGCAGUGUCGAUCCGGGUGCCGCAUCUGUCAGCCCAAGCCCUCAUCAAAGGACACACAGUGGGAGAUGUCAGAGGAGAAGGAAAAGUCUGAUAAAGAUGGCAUGGGUGGUUGGAGUGUGAUCCGUGGAAAGUUUAUUGCCAUUAACGCGGCCAGUAUGAGCUGCGCGUGUCCCCGCAGUCCACAAGGCCUGUCGCCCUCUGCUCACCUCGCCGACGGCACCACGGACCUCAUCCUCGUCAGGAAGUGCUCCCGUCUGAACUUCCUCAGACACCUCCUGCGACACACCAACAAAGAAGACCAGUUUGACCACUCGUUUGUGGAGGUCCACCGGGUAAGGAAGUUUCGUUUCCAGCCGCGGCAACAUGAGCUGGAGUCACUAGAGGACCUGAGUGACAGUCCAAAGAAGACAGGCUUCAGGCCCAUAUGCUCCGCCCAAACAACCUGCAACUACAGCACCUCCCACAGCAGCUGGACCAGCGAUGGGGAGAUCCUGCCUCACGCUGCCAUCCAAGUCAGUGUCCAUGGCCAGUUGAUCAGGCUGUUUGCCCGUGGUAUCGAGGAGCAGCAGCAAUGUGUGUUAGAAGAUCCUUGUACACUGUGGGCCCUGGAGCAAAGCACAUACCAGUCAGUGGACUGAGGACUGGACAUUUAGCUGCUAGAAAACAAAAACUGAGUUGCACUUGGCAAGAGUUUCCUGGAAAAAUACAUGCAUAGCAUCAGUGUUAAUCCCAAACGCUGGCGACCCAUCCCUCCUUAGUGUAUUUGCUUAAAUGCAAGAAGUCCUCUCAAUGCACAAGAAAGUGUGUUUAAAAUUUAUUUUUUUUAAAGCUGAAAAGGCUCCCAUCGCUUGGCAUUCAAAGAGAAAAAAUUAUGGCUAAAAAGUUACAUUGCAGGAUCUGUUACUGAAGAGAUUCAGUUAUGUCCUUGCUGCCAUGUGGAGCUGUUAUGUGCAAAAUUGCCUCAUGCAGCUUUAACUAACCCCAAAAUAUGAUAUGAUACAGCUGCUAGUGCCAGCGCUGCCAUAUUCAAACCUCAGUGUCAGUUUUUUUUUUUUUUAUCUGUACUUUUUGAAAAAUGGAAGAUUUUGAAGCUCAAAAGGAUCUCAAGCUGCCAGAUGAAACAGCUGAACUGGACUGAGCUGGACUCAGCCGCAACAAUCUGCGGAAGGUUUUUAUCCUACCAUGAAGGAGAACACAAAUAGGAUUUCUCCCUGUAUAGCAAGGAGAGACAGCCAAGGAGAUACUGCUUUGUUACAAGGAUGAAGAAGAAAGGCCUGUGAAGUACACCGAUGAACUGAAAAGACAUAUAAUGCAAAAAAAAAAAAAAAAUUUAAUCUGUGACCCAGGUGGAAGCAGAUAUGAGCCAAGGGCACUAAUGAAAAGAGCUGAAUACACUGCUAAUACACUAACAGGACCCCGGUGAAUUCUGGGUAAUAAGGCAAAGUGGUUGCUAAGUGAUUUGGUGUGUCUCAGCACUGCUGCGGUGCACCUGUGGCUCUGAGCUUUGUUCCUCUCUUGCCGAAAACUACUGACAGUUGAAUCAUCAUCACCUGGGAUUAGCCAGAAUUAUACAUUGUUAACUUUAUUCAUGAUAAUCCAUUGAAAAUGUUCAUAAAGCCAGACAGACCAUUGGAAAAUGCAAUGAUAAAACCCUUUUAAAAACCACAUGCACAAUAAUAUUACGUUAUAAGUUGUGUUUGUGUGUGUCUGUUUAGGGUUAAGUGUGUUUUCCACAAUCCCUUUAGGGACGUGCAAUCAUUGGAGUGUGUGCGCGCGUGUGUGCGUGCGUAUGUAUGUAUUUGUGAAGGUGCCAAUGUGAUGAGUUGGCUCUAUCACAAUUAGCCUCAUGACUGCCAUUUUGCAGAUGCUCUCUCACUGCAGCCAAAACAAUGCUAACACAAGCACCUAUUGAUGAGCAAAGACACACACACAGACGCACACUUUCUUCUAUUAUGCUUUUUCAUAUAUUCCUUGUCUAUGUGUGUCUAACUGUGUUAAUACUGACUCUGAAUGUCUGUUGUAAUUCACCUUCAGUUCUCACUUUUGUCAGCAUAGAGUAUGUUCUUUCAAAGAACUGGAUGCUUUUAAAUCCUCUGUGCACACACACUGAAAUGUAUGCAGACACACACAGAAACUGUGAAAGUGAGAAUUGUUUUCCGGUAGGCUAUGGCCAAAAAGAUUUGAAAAAGCUAAAGAAUUUAGCAAUUCAUGAGUGACAAUGCAAAGAAAGUUGAACUGGAAUUUGAAUUCCCACUAUUUGGUGUAAGGACACACACGCUAGCACGCUAGGAAAACUAGCUUAGACUCAUGGCUUCCACUAGGAAAGUUAAAGAUAGUUAGCUUAGCUUGCUAACAUUAGCACUGAUUACCAGACAUUGCUUCUUGUUUUUGCCAUUUCAAUACCUGCUGAGUGAGUACCUACUGUUAUGAUUUCUUUGCAAAAAUUAAUUCUAAUUUCAGUUGUACUUGAGUUUGACUUUAAUCUUGCUGCUCUGCAUAUUCGAGUAAACAAACUGUGAUUAGAUACAUGAAUGAUUUAUUCUCUGAAAAUGCUCAAUAAAGUCCUUUAAAAUGUG